GUCUCAUUCUCUCCAGGUGACAGCGGAAGAGAUAUAGAAACUGCGGAGAGGAUUACAGGGGCUCCCAGAGCUGUAACAGCUCACAAUGGGCAGCAGGAAACUAUUGCUCCUGGUGCUAUUCGCCAGCAGCUGCACAUUUGCACAAGAGGAUGCUGCAGAUGCUCAAAGUUCCACCUGUUUAAGAGAUGCCACAAAAUUUAAACAUCUGAGGAAAUAUGUAUAUAAUUAUGAAGCUCAAACAUCUACUGGAGUAACUGGUACAGCAGACACACAGAGUGGAUCAAAAUUUUCCUGCAAGGUUGAAUUGGAAGUUCCACAGCUAUGUAAUUUUAUUCUUCGAAUAAAAGAAUGCACCCUGCGAGAGGUGUAUGGCGUUAAUCCUGAGGGCAAAGCACUUUUUAAGAAAUCCAAGAAUUCUGAAGACUUCUCUAGUGCUAUGUCAAAAUAUGAGGUUAAUUUUUCAGUCCUUAAUGGAAAAAAUGUAGUAUUAUAUCCUCAAAAGGAUGAAGCCUUGAAUAUUUUGAACAUGAAGAGGGGUAUUAUUUCUGCUCUUGUUAUACCAGAUGAAACUCAGGAAAAUUCUUACGUGGAUACAGUGUAUGGAAAAUGUUCAAGUCAAGUUACUGUAAACACCAGACACGGGGCCACAGCAACUGAUGUCACAGUCGAUAGAAAUCUGAAAACAUGUGACCAGUUUGUUCCAAUAAGAGACUAUGUUAGUCCACUUGCUCUGAUUAAAGGAUUGAAUUCUCCAUUGUCCACAUUAAUUAGGAGUAGCCAAUCCUGCCAGUACAGUAUGGACCCAAAACGAAGACACAUCACUGAUGCAAUCUGCACAGAAAAACAUCUUUUCCUUCCCUUCUCCCAUAAAAAUGAAUAUGGUAUUAUGGCAAAAGUUGUACAAACACUAAAGCUGGAAGAUGUAGCAAAAACUAACAGCAGAGAAUUUGAUGGAGAUUCAUCAUUGGAAAGAGGUCUUGCCUUAGAGGCUGCAAUAGAUAAGAAUUCUAAAAAUGUAGACACCAUCUUGGAAAAUCUAGAGGAGCUGCAAAAGUUGUCCACAUCAGAGAGGAACCAGCAAAGAGCUGGGCGGUUUCAUAAACUUGUUACUGGUUUAAGGAGUUUAAAUAACGAAACACUUGGUCCUCUUAUACCAAAACUGACACAGCUCUCAAGUCCUAUUACUCUACAAGCAUUGGCUCAGUGUGGUACCCCAGAGUGCUUUGGAGGCAUUCUUCAAGUGCUCAGAAGUGGAGAGAUAACUCCAGUGCUGAGUGAUGCAGUCACAUAUGGUCUUGGACUUUUGCCUUCUCCAUGCACAAAACGUGUCCGGGAGCUUCUUAAUAUGGCACAGUAUCAGCCCGGCAGAGCUUCAUUUUACGCCUUAAGCCAUGCAGUUAAUAACUUCUUUGAAGACACGCAAACUAUUACACCUGACUUAAAGGAUGUUGCUGAUUUCAUGGUAUCACUGAUCGGAAAUGACUGUACACAAAAUGAAGAUAAAACAUUCCUGAGUCUUAAGGCCAUCGGCAUUAUGGGAAAAGCAUUGGAGGCCGCUAAUCCAGAAAUUAAGCCUUCUCUUCUGAAGUGUGUUAAAAGCCCAACACCAUCCCUUGAUGUUCAAAAGGCUGCUAUACAAGCAUUCCGUAGAAUGACCAUUACAGAUGAGGUUCGGAGUGCACUUGUACAAACUUUCCUUGAUUCCAGUGCUCCCAUGCAGAAGAGAUUAGCUGCCUAUCUCAUUGUAAUGAAAAAUCCAUCUCAGUCUGAUCUUCGUAAAGUCACUAGAAAUUUAGUUAAAGAGCAAAAUGAACAAGUGAAAAAUUUUGUGGCUUCCCACGUCAUUAAUAUUCUGAAUUCUGAUGCCCCUGAAGUUCAAGAACUUAGAGCUAAAUUGGAAGAAUCUUUGAAGGGCGUUGAGUUGCCAAGUAUUGAUACAGACAUGACUAAGUUUUCACAAAACUAUCAGUUUUCCAAGAGUGUUGCUGUUCCAGGCGUAGAUGAGGCCUUCGCAACCAAAGCAGAAGGGAAUUUCAUUUUUGAUUCCAGUAGCUACUUGCCUAAGGAAGCAAUGCUAGAAGCAACGCUAAAUGUUUUUGGAAAAUCUGUUGACAUGUUUGAGGUUGGCUUAGAAGUAAAUGGCUUUGAACCAACGCUGGAGGCUUUGUUUGGAAAAGGAGGGUUCUUUCCAGAUUGCACCAUGAAGGCACUAUAUUGGGUUGAUGGCAAAGUUCCAGAUAAGAUCACAGAAAUUCUUUAUAAAUGGUUUGGCAUUUCCAAGCAGGACAAGCAAAAUCAGGACAUAACAAAAGCAAUUAUUCUUAAUGCUGAAAAACUGAUAAAAGAACUGAGAUCUAGUGAUGCUCCAGAGGCUAAAGCAUAUCUGGAAAUUUUGGGAAAGGAAUUAGGCUACCUGAAACUAAGUGAUGUUAAAACACUAGGCAACAUGUUAAUGAAGAGUCUGCACACUACACAAGAGCUGCCUGGAAAGAUCAUAAAAGCCAUUUCUAAAGGUUUUGAAAGUGACCUAUUUCUUCACUACAUCUUCAUGGACAAUGAAUUUGAUCUUCCAACAGGAUCAGGUCUUCAGCUGCAGGUCUCACUUUCAGGAAUUGUAGCUCCAGGGACAAAGGCUGGUAUGAGAGUUGCAUCAAAAAAUAUACAAGCAGAACUAUCUAUGAAGCCAGCAGUCGCUGUGGAAUUUGUUACAAAAUUAGGCAUUCACAUUCCUGAAUUUUCCAGACAUGCAGUACAGAUGAAUACCAAUAUUUACCAUGAAUCUGGAUUUGAAGCACGCAUUUCAGUAAAGCAAGGACAGUUCAAGUUUUCAAUUCCAGCACCAUCUGAGCCAACCAAGCUACUAAGCAUUAACAACGAACUUAGCCUGAUAUUCCCAUCAAAAACAGAAGUUAUGCCAUCCAUUAUGGAAAACAGAGAAGAACGAUCAUCUUGCAGACCUCUGUUUACAGGUUUAGUUUCCUGUACAAAUAUUGGAUAUUCAAAUGCAGGUUCAAUUGAAGGAGCUCCACGCUUCCCAUUAACUGGACAGUCAAGAUUUGAGGUGGAGAUUCGGCCAACUGGAGAAGUUCAAGAGUAUUCCGUGACUGCAAGUUAUAAUCUUGUUAAGGAAGAGGAUGAUUUGAUUGACACACUGAAAUUUUCUGCUCAAGCAGAAGGAACAAAGACAUGUGAAGCAUCACUGACCACAAAAUAUAACAGAAACAAGAUUAUUUUAACAAGUGAUGUUAAAAUCCCAGGUUUUGAUAUUGACUUUGGUCUCAGUAUGAAAGUUAAAGACGAAUCAAUGGAUUCCAAGAAGUCAUAUGAUGUUGUUGUAGAUUUUAACAACCAACAGGUUUCAGAACUAACACUAACAGGAAAAAUAAGAUCUGAUCCAAAAAGUGAAUUCUCAUUGAGUACUGUGCUUUCAAUUCCAAGAUUACAUACAGAAGCAGUGACAGACGUAUCUGUUCAGUAUUUACUGAGAGCAUUUAAAAUGCAGUUGCAAUCUUCUGCCACAAUAUGUGCAUUGUCUGGUUCACAGAGUGCAGUAUUUACAUAUGACAAUGAAAAGGUAGAGUUAGAAUGGAGCACAACUGCGAACUCAAACCUGAAAAAGAUCAUUUCAAAAUUACCAGAUGUCAGUUUCUCUGAGUUUGCCGAUUAUCCGGAAUCUCUAAAGAACUAUGCCAAUGACGUGCUGGACCACAAAGUUGCUCAAACCGACAUGACACUAAGACAUAUUGUUUCACAAUCAUUAGUGGCUAGCAACAACUGGGUCCAAAAGGCAUCUAAAGAUAUGCCUUAUGCCAAUACUCUUCAUAAGAAACUGAUUGCAUUAAAAGAACUAAACUUUCAGGAAAUGGGACUUCCACCAUUCCCAGAACAAUUAUACUUAAACAGCGAUGGAAGGGUCAGUUAUCUUUUUAACAAGGACAGUAUAAUUAUCAAUGUGCCAUUACCAUAUGGAGGAAAAUCUUCAGAACAACUUAGGGUACCAAGAACUGUAAAAUCCCCUUCAGUAAACCUCCAGGCAAUGGGAUUAAGUAUUCCAUCCCAGGAGUUUAAUGUUCCGUCAUUCACAAUUCCAGAAUAUUACCAACUGAAGGUUCCAUUAAUUGGUGUUUUGGAACUCUCAUCCAAUGUAAAAAGCAAUUACUACAACUGGUCUGCAUCAUAUACAGGUGGAAACACUACAAUUGACGCUUACACUUUUAUCACUAAGUAUGAAAUGAAAGCAGAAUCUAUUCUGGAUGUUUUAUCCUACAAAAUUGAUGGUAAUGCACUUACAACAUAUGAACCAGAAAAAUCAUUAUCUUUGUCAUACGAAGCAUCUCUGUAUCAUAGUCUAUUGGAGACAAGUGUCAGACUAAGAGAAACAUAUAACUUCAAUAGCAAUCAGAUUUUGAAAGAAACCUAUGCUUUAAAUGCUAAGAGCAUACUAGGAUUAGAAAGCUCUGUAGCUUCAACAUGUUCUCUCUCAAAAAAUGAUAAGUUUAUAGUCUUAGAAUGCAAUAUUAAUGGAAGAUCUAAUUUGGCAUCAAUGUUUGCAAACUUCGAUUAUACGGCAAUUAGCAAUUUAAACCAUGAUUUCUCCCAAGAAUGGGCAGAAUUUAACUUUAACUUGGAUUCAUCGAUUCUGCAGGCAACAAAUAAAUUAUCAAUUGUGGAAAACACAAUCACAUCAACAACAAAUGUGCAAAAUGGUGCUCUCACAAACACAUGGACACUAGAUUAUGGAAAUGGGCAAGACACAUUUAAAUCUGUCACUAAUGGAGAUUUCUACAACCUGGUUGUGUUGAACAAAUAUGAAAUUACAUUAUCUAAACAAAAAGCAGCUAUUCGUUCAGAAUAUCAGGCUGAUUAUAAGCGCCAUCGAUUUUACACUUUACUUUCUGGAUCACUGGAUUCCCUUGGUUUAGAACUGAAUGCUGAUGUAAAUCUUAACAAUCAGGCAAACAGAGCUGCUCACAAAGGAACUCUGACAAUCAACCAAGAUGGUUUAUCCACAAGUGCAACAACAAAUGUAAAUUAUAACCCCUUGACACUGGAAAAUGAAUUUAAUGCUGCUAUUGGAUCAAUGGGAGCAGCAAUGAAAAUGACAGCAAAUGGACGCUACAGAGAAAACAAUGCAAGAUUUACUAUUGACAGCAAAGCAGCCUUAAGUGAACUUUCUUUUGGUAGUGUGUAUCAAUUUAACCUUUUUGACAUUGAUAGCAAAAAUGUUCUCUACUUUAAAGUUAGUAAGGAAGGAUUGAAGUUUUCUAAUAACUGGAUGGGGUCAUUUGAGCAAAUUAAAUUGGAGAAUAACAAUGAGUUAAGCAUUGUUUCAUCAGUUAUUAUGUUUACCUCUAAAUUUAAAAAUACGUUAGAUUCUGACAAAUCCUACAAUCAGAAUUUUGAACUACAGAUACAACCAUAUAUUCUGACAGCUCUGCUUAACAACGAAUUCCAAUAUGGACCACUUGAACUAACAAAUAAGGGUCAACUGCAACUUGAACCAUUAAAAAUGAAUCUAGAUGGCAAUAUGAAAGGCGCCUUUAACAAAGAUGAGAUAAAACAUUCCUACACUAUCUCUUAUGGUGAUCUCACAGCAAAUCUGAAAAGUGACACAGUUGCAAGCAUCCAAGGUACUGCUCACUCUCACAGAAUGAAUAUGGAAAUUGCUGGACUUUCUGCAUCAUUUAGAAGCAACACAAACUGUGAAUCUAAAUCCAUGCGCUUGUCAAAUGUAUUUCGUUCAGUUAUAGCUCCAUUUACUUUGACUAUUGAUUCUCAUACUACUGGAGAUGGAAGGCUGAUGUUUUUGGGAGAACACACUGGACAGCUUUACAACAAAAUUAUUCUAAAGGCUGAGCCUCUGGCAUUUAAUUUAGACCACGACUAUAGGGGAUCCACUGGCCAUUCAGUUGGAGCAGGAAACACUCAUAAUACAUUAGUAGAUUACAAAGUGAAUAUACUAUUCACACCUUCAGAACAGAAAAGUCUAUUAAAGCUAAAAAGCCAGCUGAACCAGAACAUAUAUACUCAAGAAUUUAAUGCCUAUAAUAAUCCUGUGAGUAUUGGCAUAGAACUGAGUGGACAAACAUUAGCAGAUCUCUCUAUGCUGGACAGACAAAUUAAUCUACCUUUUGUAAAAUUUAAUCCGAUUGAUGCUUUAAAUCUCAGAGAAAGUGUGGGUAGUCCUCAAGAAUUUGGUAUUUCUGGAUAUGUCAGGUAUGACAAAAAUGAAGAUAUGCACAUCAUUAAUCUGCCAUUUAUUGAAAGUCUGCCAUUGUAUUUUGAAAAAGUAAGGAGUUCUUUAUUAACAUCUUUGCAAGCUUUGCAAACUUCCCUAAAAGAUAUAAAUAUUGACCAAUAUGUAAGUAAAUAUCGAAGAAGUUUAGAUAAACUUCCCCAAAGGAUGAAUGACUAUAUGAACAGCUUAGAGUUAGAGAGAAACAUAAAUGAAGCAAAAGAAAAAGUAGCAUCCAUAGCUAAGAGAUUUAGAAUUAGUGCUGAAGAACUUCAAAUUGAAAUUGAAAAGUAUUUCAGAGAAGCUCUUAUUAACUUGCAAAAUUAUGUAGACAAAUUGGAAAAUGCCAUCAGGGAAAAUUACAAUCUUGAAAAACUGAAGAAAGUCAUUGAAGUGUUCAUUCACAAAUGUCUUGAACAAGUGAAAUAUUUGGAUGAGCAAUAUAAAUUCCGUGUGAAGACUGUUCAAAUGAUCCAAGACCUGAAAAACUUUGUGGAAGGGUUUAAUCUUAAUGAUGUAGAAAAAAGUUUAGCAGCUUGGAUUAAAAAUGUUGAUGACACAUACCAAAUCAAGGCUAAAUUGCGUAAUGUUUUAGAAAAACUCCAGUCUUUAAUUGAAAGAUUUGAUAUUGGCCAAAUAGCCGAGACAAUGAAGGCACAAUUAGAUAAAAUAGAUAUAAAUGAGUACACAGAAUAUCUUAAAAAUCUGAUGCCAGUUCAAAAAAUCAAUUUCAUAAUUGAGCAAAUACAAAAUAUUAUUGUCACACUGCUACAGGAAUAUGAUGUUAAUGAGAAGAUCAAUGUUAUUGUUGACAAAUUCCAAGUCUUUGUUGCAGAAUAUGGGAUUAACAGAAAAAUUCAGAGACUUAUAGAAGAUUUUAUUCAGCUUCUUAAUCAGCAGAAAGUUAAAGAAACAAUACAAACUAUAGCAGACAUGCUAAAUGAUGUGGAUAUAAAGAUGCAUUUCAAUAAAAUACUUAAAUUAGUUGAAAAUGCAAUCAAGCAGGUCAGAGACUAUGAUUACAAAACUCUUGUUGAUGACAUCAAUAAUUAUCUAGAUAUUGCUAUAAAGAAGAUGAAAUCAUUCAACUACGAGCAGUUUGUAAAUGAAAUUAAUGAUGGGUUAAGAGAAGUAACUACUACAAUUAAUAAUCGAAUGAGAGAACUUGAAUUGCCACAGAAAGCUGAAGCUCUAAAGCAAUACCUACAAAAUGUAAGAAAAGUAUUUGAAGAUUAUUUUAUUCAGUUAAGAGACACAAAAUUUUCUUCAGUUGUGCAAUGGUAUCAGGAUUUGAUGAGCUCAACUGUAUUAAAUGAUUUUAAAUCCAGAACAAAGGAGAUGCUUGAAGAUGCCAGAGAUAGAAUAUAUUCUAUGGAUAUAAAGAAAGAAUGUCAUAGAUAUUUGCAGCAGGCAAGCCAACUUUAUAAUCGUAUAAUCACAUGUUUUAUUGAACAAUGGAAUAUUGCUGCUAGAAAAAUGACUAAUUUUGCAGUGGAAAACAAUAUCAAAGAGUGGGCUGAAAAAGUAAAAUUGUUCGUUGAAGAAGGAUUUGUAGUUCCAGAAAUUAAAUUAGUAUUUAUUACUGUUCCUUCUUUUGAAUUUAGCCUUCGUGCUUUCAGACAGGCAACCUUUAAAACAGUUGCUUUCAUUGUACCAUUUACUGAUUUGUACGUAGAAUCUGUUGAGUUCAAUUUUAGAAGACUAAGAGAAAUUAACAUCCCAACAAGAUUUGUUACUCCAGAAUUUACUAUAUUAAAUACUUACAAAGUCCCUUCAUAUACAAUCGAUUUGAAUGAGAUUAAACUACAAAUUGUAAGAACAAUUGAUCAGAUACUUUCAAGUGACUUUGAGUUGCCGUCUCCAAAGGUUUACUUCAAAGACUUAACCAUGAGUGACAUGGUAAUUCCAACAUUUUCAUUUCCAGAAGUCUACAUUCCAAAUAUGCAAAUACCUGAAUUACAAAUUCCUACAUUAAACCUAAAAGAUUACCAGUUUGCUGAUAUUCGGAUACCAGAUUUUCAACUUCCAAAAAUUCCACACACAGUAGCUAUUCCAACAUUUGGAAAGUUUUCCAGUUCUUUCAAGGUGAACUCACCAUUUUUUACAAUGAAAACAUUAGCAGAAGUUCAAAAUACCACAAUUUCUGAAAGCAACCCUGAAUUUUAUGCUUCACUUUCAGCAGAAACUACAUCACAGAUAGAAGCGUUGGUAUUCACCCUUGUAGCAGAUGCCCGUGCUUCUGCACCACUGGUGGAACAACUGAUUUUAAAGGAGUCAGUGGUAGCAUCAAGCAAGUAUGCUAAGUUUGAUCAUAACACUGAAAUGACGUUUACUGGAGAAAACAUUCAAAUCAAAGCUGAAACUAUAGCCACUUUACACACUGACAAAAAUUCAGCAGAAUUCCAUAAUGACAUCAUCAUAAAGUUACAGAAAAAGAUUACAGCUGACAUAAAUACCAAAUAUUCUCACAAACUGAAUAUUCCACAAUUUGAUAUUUCAAGCCAGAUUGAACUUCAGAAUGAAAUUGAUUCUUUAGUGGAAGCUGGAAGGAUUUUAUUUACUUCUACCAGCAAAGGAAACUGGAAGUGGUCAUGUCCUGCAUUUUCAGAUGAAGGUAUCCAUCAAGGAAACCUAAAGUUCACUUUAAGAGGUGGUUCCAUUGAUCUUUCAGGUUCAAAUAAGGUAACUGAUAAAUAUUUUAAAAUGGAUCAAAGCAUAAAGUAUAACUCAGUCUUGUUAAACAAUGCAAACAUCGAAAUAAUGUCAAAAGUUGAGUCUCCUUAUGUUGGAAACAGUAUUGCCUCUUCAAAAGGAAGUGCCCAGAUUAGUGAUAUGAAAGCAGAGCUAACUGCAACUCAUAAUGCAGAAUUAACUGGCAAAACAACAGGUAAAAUAAGCAAUGACUUCUCAUUUCUGACAAAGCUCUUCGAAAUUAAGGUAUCUACUAACAAUAAUGGCAAUUUGAAAGUUAGUUUUCCUUUAAAACUGACAGGCAAAAUUGAAUUCCUCAACAACUAUAAUUUCAUUCUCAGCUCAGAUGUUCAACAGAUAUCUUGGCAAGCCAAUGGCAGGUUCAACCAGUACAAAGUUUCACACAUCAUUUCAGCUGGCAACAGUAAUGAAAAUAUUGAGGCUGUUCUUGGAUUAAAUGGUGAAGCAAACCUUGACUUCCUGACAAUUCCGAUAACUAUUCCUGAAAUUCUAAUUCCCUAUUCUUCAAUGAAAAUACCUGAGGUUAGAGAAUUCUCUCUAUGGGAUAAAACAGGACUAAAUAAGCUAUUAACAAGUACUAAGCAAAAUUUUGAUCUUAAUGUAAAGCUUCAGUAUGCUAAGAAUAAGGAUAUGCAUUCCAUACCAUUGCCACUGGGUACGAUAUAUGAUUCCAUCAAUUCCAAUAUGAAGACCCUUAAUAUAAAGUUUGCGAAGGGUCGUGAUAAAGCACUGAAUGUUUUGCAGGACUCAUAUAACCAAGCAAAAGUACAACUUGAUAAGUACAAGUUAGGGAAUACUGACAGGAAAGUCCAAAGAACUAUCAGAAUCCCAGGAUACACAAUACCUCUGAUGAACAUUGAAGUCUCUCCUUUUACAGCAGAACUUCCUUCUUUUGGUUAUAUUCUUCCUAAAGAAAUAAGCACACCAAGCUUCAUGGUACCACUGCUUGGCUUCUCUAUUCCAACAUACACACUAGUUUUACCUUCAUUGGAACUACCAGUUCUUCAUAUACCAAAUACACUGAGAAAACUUACUCUUCCUAAAUUUAAGCUACCCACUGAUCAGAACAGCAUUUUGAUUCCUGCAAUUGGAAAUUUAACUUAUGAUUUUUCAUUUAAAUCAAAUGUGAUCUCAAUAACAACGAGUGCCGGACUAUACAAUCAAUCUGACAUUUCAGCUCGUGUGAGUGUCAUCUCAACUUCUGUUAUUGAUGUUCUUCAGUUUAACAUAGAUGCAACAACUGGACUAACAAGAAAGAGGGGACUGAAAUUAGCUACUGCACUGGCCAUGAAAACAGUAUUUAUUGAGGGCAAGCAUGAAAGCUCAUUGUCAUUUGGGAGGAAAAAUAUGGAAGCAUCAGUAAUAACAAAUGGAAAAUUAAAUCUUGCCCUUUUUAAAAUGACACUCAAACAGGAACUUACUGGUAACACAAAAACUAAACCUACCAUCUCAUCAAAGAUGAAUAUUGGUUAUGAUUUUAAUGAUUCAGUAUUUGGAAAUAGUGCUAAAGGGACACUUGAUCACACACUUAGCUUGGAAAGUCUAUCAUCUUAUUUCUCUUUGGAGAUGCUGACAAAUGGAGAUAUAACUGGAACCAUUUUUACCCAUCAAGAUUUUUCUGGAAAGUUCACUAAUGAAGCAAACACUUAUCUGAAUUCAAAUGGUGCUAGGUCAUCUGUGAAACUUGUGGGUAUGUCUAAAGUAGAUGGAUUUUCAACACUUGACCUAAAUGAAAAUCUUGCAAUUGAAGCAUCCACAAGACGCAUUUAUGCAGUUUGGGAACACCAAGGUGAAAAUUAUUUAAGGGUUACGCCACUUUUUACAACUAAAGGAAAUCAGAAUUGUAGAGCAACACUUGAACUGUCUCUUUGGAGUUUACUUACAGAUGUACAACUGCAGAUAAACCAGCCAAAUUCCUAUUUUGAAGAUACAUCAUUUAGUGAAGGAAUAGUACUUAGUCUAAACACUGAAAAACAGGAAUUUAGCCUGAAUGCACAGGGUACUUUAUAUUCACUUAUUAUAGCACAUGGCGUCAAGUUAUCAAAUGACAAGACAGAUGCAAGAUUUGAGAUUGAUGGAUCUUUACAAGGACAUGCAGAUUUUCUCAAAGCCAUCAUCCUCCCAGUUUAUGAGAAAUCCGUAUGGGAUGUAUUGAAAUUUGAUCUGGAGACAAGUGAUGAUCAAAAGCAAUAUCUAAAUGUAUCUACAUCAGUGAUUUACACAAAAAACAAAGACGGCCUUUUCUUUCCACUUCCAUUAAAUAUGCUUGAAGAUGGGUUUAUAAUUAAAUUUCCUGCCCUAACUUUAAAAUCACCAGAAUGGAUAAAUAAAGUUAGAAAUUAUGACAUGCCCGAAAUCCCCACAGUACUUGAAAUUCCAUCAUUCAAAGUUCCAUUUACAAGUCUUGAUUCCCCAGCAUAUAAAAUUGACUUUAACAACAUAAAAAUACAUGAAAAAAUAAGCACUUUGCCAUUUGAUGUUUCCUUCCCUUCAUUGCCAAAAGUUAAGUUCCCGAAAGUUGAUAUCUCAACCCAAUAUAUCACAUUGGAAGAGUAUAAAAUACCAUAUUUUGAGGUUACUAUACCACAAUACCAAAUAACUUUAGCCAGGUAUACUUUUCCCAAGAGCUUUUAUAAUAUAGAUUUCAAUAAAUUGGCAAAUAAAGUAGCAGACAUUGAUAUACCAACAAUAGAAAUUCCUGAGCAAUACAUAGAGAUACCUCCAGUUAAACUUAACUUGCCUGCAGGAAUUUUCAUACCAGCUUUUGGUGCUCUGACUGGAUCCAUGCAGUUAACCUCACCAAUAUACAAUCUUACUUGGACAUCAAAACUGGCAAAUAAUUCAGACAAUUUUGCCGCUUCCAUUGAUGCUACAUGCAGUUCAACACUACAGUUUCUGCAAUAUGAUCUUGAAGCUUCUACUACCAGUUCGAUUCAAGAAACUGGACUAUAUCUCAAUGGAAAGGGGACUUUUUCACAUAAAGACUUUAGCGUAGAUUGGAAACAGGAUGUUUCGUUUGAUGGUCUAAGGAUUCCUCGUCAUAAUGUAGAAGUUAAUGUUGAAAGUCCAACAUUCACAAAUGUUCAAAUACGUUGUCAGAAUGACAAAAAUAAGAUGUCCUCCUCUGUAACUUCACCAUCAGCUGGUACUUUGGGGCUUAUUCUGGAGAAGGAUUCUACAACAUUCAAAGGGAAACUGUUCAGUCGUACUUUGACCUCACCUGGAAAAGAUAAUGUAAUAUUAAAAACUGAAAUAUCAUUAAAGAACCCUGGAAAGAUUCAAAAUAAGAUUAAUUGGAAGGAAGAUGCUGCUCAGGAUAUACUAAAGGGUUUUAAAGAAAGGCUACCAAAGAUGUCUGAUGCAGUAUAUAACUGCAUCAAUAAAUAUCACAAGGAACAUUUAGGAAUGGAACUUAGUGAUGCUUCACUUAAGAUGAAGGACAGCUUACAAUACAUCAUUGUUUCCCCCCUUAGAUUUACAGAGAAUCACAUAUUAUAUAUGGAAUAUCAGCUUCGUAUAGCAGCAAGAGGAGCUAGUAAUAGGUAUAUGGACAUUAUAAAUGAUGCUCCAUUAUGGUAUAAAGUAGCAAGUGAUUGCAAAUCUGAUUGUGAACUGACAGCAAAGAUGUAUGAUGAAUCAAUAGCUGCUAUAAGACUUUACAAAAAUAUAGUAAAGGAUUUUAUCGAUGCCACAAUUAUAUUUCUCAAAAAUACCAAGUUCCAAUUGCCAGGACAGCCUAAAAGAUAUAAUGGUGAGGAACUGUAUAACAUGGCAAUGGAGAAUGCAAUGGGGACUGUUGACCAACUUAUUAAACAAAUGCUACAGCUGUUUGAUAUCAUUGUUCAAUCAAUUUAUGAUGUCAAAUUGUGGGUACCAGGAAGUAAUAGAACUAUCAAUGGUAAGGAAAUAGUUUAUAGAAUUAAAAACAUUUUGAAUGAGUUACAGCAGAUUGCCAAACAAGCAUUCACUGCUUUGCAGAAUAUUGACCUAGAAGUAAAACUCAUGGAACUGAAACAUUUUACUCAAGAAAUUUCACAAAGAUUUGAAACAAUAAUUGAAACACUAAAGUCUAGAAAUUAUCAAGAUUUGAGGGCUCAGGUUCAGCAAAUGUACAGUGAUGCAGUGAACUCGGAAUAUGGCAGCAAACUGAAUACAUUUGCAGAUGAAACAAAUAAAUUUGCUGUGCAGCUGCUCCAACAUAUUCAUCCUUGGUAUGUGGAGCUUUUAGAGAAACUCAAAGAGUUGCACAUCUAUGCCAAGGCCUUGCGUGAGGAGUAUUUAGAUCCAAAUAUAGUUGGCUGGUCAGUAAAAUAUUAUGAAAUAGAAGAAAAAGUGCUUGAAUUAGUCAAAUUUAUCUUUGAUUCAUUGAAAGAACUAUCUUCUAAGUAUGGAAUAGACAUCUCACAAGUUUCAGACAAUAUAAAGGAUACUGCCGGAAAAUACUAUGUAUUUGCCAAUGAAUUGGCAACCAAUGUUGGAGACAGAGGAAGGGAGCACAUCAAUGAAAUUUCCUUACAAAUGGAGAGAAAAAUCGCUUAUUGGUCUGAAUCUACCAGGAAACUCUCAGAAGAGCAAGCACAAAACCUCAGAUUAAGAGUCCAAGAAAUAUACAAUCAUUUUGUUAAUUCUUAUAGGAAAUUUAUUAAUGAAACCAACCGGCUUAUUGACGUUACCAUUGAAACAUACAACUCUUUCAUUGAAUUUAUAACAAAUCUUCUUCAAAGCUUCCAAAAUUCUGCCAGUGAAGAAAUGAAAACAUAUAUAUCAACACGUAAAGGAGAAAUAAAAGUUGAUGUGCCUCAUCCUUUUGACUGGAAAUCCUUUGAUGAAAUACCACAUUUAAGAAGUGACAUCAUAAGCAAGAGAAUGGAAAUCAUUCGGUCAAUGGUACUUGAUGGCACUGACAAAAGUUCCAAAAAGUAAGAACUCCAGAGUUUUAUUGAUAAACAACUUGAAGAAGGCAAACUUAGUGCACAGCAAAUUAUUGAUAACAUACAGAAAUGGGAAAAAAAACUAAAUGAACAUUAGGUGCUAUAAUAGUAGAAAAAUGUAUUUGUGUUCUGUUUAAAAAUAGCAACAAUCAGUAUAUUUAAAGCUUUGAACUCAUUGUUGUUUCUUUGUAUAUGAAAAAAACAAAACUUUUUUUCUUUUAAUGUGAAACUAAUAAAAAUAAGAUUCUUUAUUAUAACAUGGCUUGUUUUAAAUUAUGACAAUGUUCUUGUUUGCGUUAUGCAAAACAAUUAUUAAAAGACAUUUCAUCUUUACAAA